AUGGUCCUGUUGUCACUGGAAAUGCUUCUGAAACACCAGCAGCACCUGCAGAGACAAAGACAUGCCAUCGCCUACAGGAUGAAGAAGCUGGCAGCUAAGCAAGUGGAGUUAACAAAAAAGACGAACGCAGUAAAGGAGAAAAUCAGUAAAAAGUAUGAGGACAUGAAGAGGGUUCUGGAUGAGGAUCUCCGGAUCACGCUGACCCACCUGGACACAGAGCACGCAGCCACAACGAAGUUUGUGGAGGAGAGGAUAGAGGACUGCUACCACCUCACUCAGGAACUGGACCAGGAACUGUCCAACAGUGGUUCUGAUUUCACACACCUAAUGGGUGGUAUUAAGAUCAGUAAUUAUGUUUUCUUUUUACAUCUUCCACAGAAUGCUGUAACAGAAAAAAGAAUUUCUGAGACCCUGAAGUUGACUGACCCUGACCUGAUUCAGAUGGAUGAUUUCAAGAGCGAGCAACUACUGAGUCUUACCAUCAACUUGCUGCUCUUCAUCAGGUCCCAGGUCCCUGUCACCAAGAAACUGUUACAGAGCUAUGCCGCAGAUGUUGUCCUUGACGCCGACACUGCCCACCCCAAACUGAUCAUCUCUCCCAAAGGCAACUCAGCCACCUAUACUGACACCUGGCAGGAUGUCCCAGAGACUCCCUCCCGCUUUGACACCACCUUAAAUGUAAUCAGCCAGCAAGGCUUCAGCGAAGGCCGCAAUUACUGGGAGGUGGAGGUGAAAGGGAAAACGUACUGGGAGUUGGGGCUCACCCACCCGAGCAUCCCACGCAAGGGACGCGAGGAAGACUCCUGGCUGGGCCGAGGCAAAGAGUCUUGGUGUGUGGAACACUUUAAUGGAGACUACACAGCCUGGCAUGGUGGUGUGCAGCAUGAGCUGCCUCUGCUGGCAGGAAAACAGUUCACUCGCAUCGGGGUGUACUGCAGCUUCCCUGGAGGUUUGGUGUGCUUUCUAGGAGCUGAUACUAUGACCCCCCUCCACUGCUUCUGCGCUGGGACCUUCACCAACACCCUACAUCAAGCAUUAUGUCCUGGUCAUGAGAACGAAGGCACAAACUGGAAUCCCCUUAAGAUCUGUGAUGUGUCCCGAUCAGCUCCUAUUCUCUGAGGUGGAGCAGAAUUACUCAGUGCAUGUGUUGCACAUGCAUAUCAGCUGCCUGAUCUGACAUUCUUAACUUGUGACACAACAUCAGCCCUAGAUACUGUAAGUCAGGCUAGUCUAAAUUUGCCUAAAGGAAUUUUAAAAGCAUAUCUCUGUUUUAGAUUCUCGGAUCAUGUUGUUCACUUCCAGUCACUCGUGUUUUCUUUAUAGGUGACACACACUCUGUGACGUUAGAGCUGUUCUUCACCCUGUUUAUUUCCAAAAGCUUAUUGUAAAUGCUUUGACCUGAACCGGAAUACCCAGAUGAGGAAUUGCCAAAGACAGAAGUUGACAGGGCAUAGAAAAAGUCUUUAGGUAAGAAUUAAUAAUAUAUAACCUUUAAUUUGGUAAAGAUAGAUCUGCUUUUUAACAUUAAUCAAGUAGAUAAUCAGAGGGUGGCGAUGGUCCAACAGAUAAGACUAUGCCUUUGGUGUGAGAGACCUGGGUUCAAUCCCCCACUGUGACCCACCCACCAUUGUGUCUCUGAGCAAGACACUUAACCCCUAGUUGCUCCAGAUGUAUGCGACCUCUAACAUGUAUAGCAUAAUAAGUCGCUUUGGAUAAAAGCGUCCAAAUUGACCAAAUUGAACUUAGGAAGGAUAAUGCUGGUGACAUUCUAUAUUUUUCUUAUUGUCAGCAAGUCCAUUGAAAAUAC